UUAUUAUUAUUAUUGACUUUAGUCAUUUGAUUAAUUUUGAAUUAAUCAAUCAAAUUCAAUUUGUUUUUAUCCUUACUCUUAUAUACUCUCAAUCAUCACUUUUACCAUAAAUCAGCAUGCAAAACAUAACCAGUUUGGAAUCGAAUGCUGGCCUUUUGGCCAGAUAUAUGGCCCUUCGACAACCGGAAAAUGUUGUACAAGCAAUGUACGUUUGGAUCGAUGGUCAACAAGGUCUUCGUGCUAAAACACGAACAUUGAAUUUUGUUCCGAAAUCAUCAUCCGAAUUGCCUAUUUGGAAUUUCGAUGGCUCCUCUACCUAUCAAUCAGAAGGUUCAAAUGCCGAUGUUUAUCUAUUUCCGGUACAAGUCUAUAGUGAUCCAUUUCGUGGUGGCAAUAAUAAAUUGGUUCUUUGUGAAACAAUCCGUUAUGAUAAAACACCGACGCCCUCAAAUACUAGACAUACAUGUAAUGCUGUCAUGGAUAUGGCUGCUGAUCAAGAACCAUGGUUCGGUAUUGAACAAGAAUAUUCACUUUUGGAUGGUACCGAUCGUAACAAGCCAUUAGGUUGGCCAACAGGUGGUUUCCCUGGACCACAAGGUCCAUAUUAUUGUGGUGUUGGUGCUAAUCGUGUAUUUGGAAGAGAUAUUGUUGAAGCACAUUAUCGAGCAUGUAUGUAUUCUGGUGUUAAGAUUGCCGGUGAAAAUGCCGAAGUAAUGCCAUCGCAAUGGGAAUUCCAGGUCGGUCCAUGCAAAGGCAUCUCGAUUGGUGAUGAUCUAUGGAUGGCACGUUUCUUGUUACACCGUGUUGCCGAAGAUUUUCAUGUUGCCGUUACAUUUGAUCCGAAAUUAAUUCCAGGUGAUUGGAAUGGUGCUGGUGCUCACACGAAUUUCUCAACCAAAGCUAUGCGUGAAAAAGGUGGUUUGGCUGAGAUUGAAGCCGCAUGUAAACGAUUGGAAAAGAAUCAUGCCAAACAUAUUGUCAAAUAUGAUCCAAGUGGCGGUGCUGAUAAUGCACGUCGUUUGACCGGUAAACAUGAGACCAGUUCAAUGGAUAAAUUCACUUACGGUGUUGCUAAUCGUGGUGCAUCUGUUCGUAUCCCAAGACAAGUUGCCGAUGAUGGUUAUGGUUAUUUGGAAGAUCGACGACCAGCAUCCAAUAUGGAUCCAUAUGUUGUAUGCGAACAAUUGGUACGAACAAUUUGCCUGAAUGAAUAGACCAUUUUUUGAUGCAAACACCAUACAAAAAACAAACAACAUAACUACUUCCAUAAUAAUAAUAAUAAUAAAAUAAUCAUG